AUGAAUACAAAUAAUCAAACUGUACAAGAUUAUCCUAACUUACCAAUGGGCAAUAGCAAUGAGCAGCAUAUUGAUCAUAAUCCAAUCAACGACGUGGGUGCUUUCAUUAAUAAUGCAACUCCCGCGUCUCAAAACGUUUCAUUUGAAUUUUACUUUCCUUUUUCUUCGUCAAUUGAUACACGUAUCUAUCACAUUACAUAUCAAUAUACCGAAUUACAUCCAUUAGAAAAUGCGAGACUCUUGAAUAAUAACAUUAAUUUAUCUCAUAUUCCCGAUCCCCAGUUUCCACCCCAUAAUAAUAUACAUUCUUUAAUUCGGCAACAAAUUCAACAACUGAUCCAACAACUUGUUUAUCAACAAAAUACCGCAAAUAACAUUCAACAACAAUUAUCCGAAACUAUUCAACCUACUACUAAAGUAUAUUCAGACAAUAAUACUUAUGAUACAACUUCAAUCUCAGUAAACGGAACUAUUUCCGAUAACAUUCAAGAUGGGGAAUUUCAGAAUUCUCCUUAA